AUGAAUUUUUGGAUGCUUCUGAUGAAGCUCAAGGUGAUCUUUAUAGUCGUAGUCUCCGAACGACUGAGGAUAAUGAUAAUGAAUUGACGGUAGAUGAAGAUGAAGCUGAAGCUGAUGUUUAUCGCCGUCAUCUUAGUAUUGCAGCACUUGAACAAAUCUUCUCAACAAUCCGAGAACGAGCAGCAGAGCCAAGUUCUGACGACUUCGUUAUUGAUGAUCUUAAUGAAUUUAUGGCUGACGAAACAAUUACCGAUGAAAUGAUUGGUUCUCUAUUUGAUGGAAUAUCUGAAUCUUCAAGUACAGCUUUAGACCCAGAAGUUCAAAACGUUGAAAUAGCUGAUUUGCCAAAAUUAGGUUUAUCACCAAUACUAAAUGCUAUUCGGGAAUCUUGUCCAAAUAUUAUAGUUACAGUGGGUGAUUUAGAGGGAAAAGAAAAGCUUGCUACAUGUCGUCCAAAAUUAGUUGCUGCUAUAAAAGAAAAGCUAACAGAAUUGAAACAACGUGAUCCACGUCCAUAUAAAUGGCAGGGUAAUGAAGCUGAACUUAACGAGUGGUUUGGAAAGUUAUUUCCGGUUAAUGCAUGA